GCAUUUUGAGAAUCUGCAUAAGUUAUCCUCUAGGCGCUAGUCCACUAUCUUCUGGUGGAACCCAACCUGCACUUUUCAUUUUUCAGACCAACAAACCCUCGUCUCUGGGAACUCGCGCACCAGGAAGCCCAACACUUUUCACUCUCUCUUUACUUCGUACGGGUUAAUGUCUGCACUAUAAAGAUAAAAUAAUCAGCCUUUGUUUAUUUAUUUUUGGUGAGUAGAAAUAAACCUGGGAAGGAGCUGAGAUGAAUUCCCUGACCGUGAAACCCGCUUCGUUUGUGUUGCAAUCUACUUCCACGGUCCUCUCAUCGUGCAAGCCAAAACAAUGUCUUCCUUCAGUUAGCUUCCCAAGAAAGAUCAAGAGCAGUAGAAGAUUGGGUUUGAGAUUUGAAGCUUAUGAUUCUUCCAAUAGCGACGAGUCUUCUAAGUCCAGCGGUGAUUCCAAGCCUACUAACGGCACUCUGCCGAAAACCAGGAGAGAUAUUCUAUUGGAGUAUGUCAAAAAUGUGCAGCCGGAGUUCAUGGAGUUGUUCGUGAAACGGGCGCCGCAGCAGGUCGUUGAGGCAAUGCGGCAAACGGUGACAAAUAUGAUUGGAACCCUGCCCCCGCAAUUUUUUGCUGUGACAGUCACCACUGUUGCUGAAAAUCUUGCACAACUCAUGUACAGUGUUAUGAUGACUGGAUAUAUGUUUAGGAAUGCGCAAUACCGAUUGGAAUUGCAACAAAGUAUAGAGCAGGCCGCGCUUCCUGAGGUCCAAGAAGAAAAGGAUGUUCCAGAGUAUGCACCUGGUACACAAAAGAAUGUGUCUGGUGAAGUUAUUAGGUGGAAUAAUGUUUCUGGCCCGGAGAAAAUAGAUGCUAAAAAGUACAUUGAGUUACUUGAAGCAGAGAUUGAGGAACUGAAUCGUCAAGUCGGUAGAAAAUCUGCAAACGGACAAAAUGAGCUAUUAGAAUUUCUCAAGUCUCUUGAGCCACAAAAUCUGAAGGAGUUGACAAGCAGUGCUGGAGAAGAUGUUGUGUUUGCAAUGAACACAUUCAUUAAGCGUCUUUUAGCUGUUUCAGAUCCUGACCAAAUGAAGGCAAGUGUAACUGAGACAAGUGCACCCGAACUUGCCAAGCUUCUAUGUUGGCUGAUGGUGGUUGGUUACAGCAUUAGGAACAUUGAAGUCCGUUUUGACAUGGAAAGAGUGCUUGGCACUCCUCCAAAGCCUGCAGAGUUGCCUCCAGGAGAAAACAUUUAGUUGCUGGUGGAUAAUUGCAAACAUACGCAAAUAGCGAAGUUGGUGCACAAUUAAUAUGCUAUAUUAUGAUUUAGGUGAAAAUUUUGUGCAUGCCAUGCAUGGUUGGCUUCUUAUAAUAACUUGAAACUUAUUGAUUACACGAGCCUUUUCCAAAGGAA